ACUGUGUACUUUACCAAAGAAGAGUGGAACUUACUGGAUGGAUUUCAGAGAAACCUCUACAGAGAUGUGAUGCUGGAGAACUAUCAGAACCUGGCCACAGUAGGCAGGAAGCCACAAUGAAGUGGAACUCUGUGAAUCUAAGAAAGUUGGAAAAUUCUUCAGUGAACACCCAUGCCUUCAGACACAUAUGAAUAUUCAUAAUACAGAAAAGAUUUCUGAACAUAAUUGGUAUAGAAAAGACUUACUUCCUUCAGUCAAGAAAACCUCUACUGGAAAGAAACUUUCUGUGUUGAUUCAAUGUGAAGAAGCCUUUGCUCUGAUUCAAAGCAUUCCUUACCAGAGGACAUGCAUUCAGGACAGUUCUUUUGAAUGCAGUGAUUUUGGGAAAGCUUUUGAUAAUCAGUUGCAACUUAAGGCACACAGCAAAGAUCACAGUAAAGAAAAUUUCUAUGAAUGGGAGAAAAGUGAGAAAGGUUUUACUGAAUCCACAAAUUGUUCUGCUUUAGAGAAAUGCUAUGAAGGUACAGAAUGUGGAAAAGCAGUCACUGCUCAAGCAGGCCUUAUUCCACAUGUACGGAGUCAUAAAAAGCAGAAGUCUUAUGAGUGUACAGAGUGCGGGAAAGUGUUUGGUAAAUGCUCAGGCCUUAUUGAGCAUAUGAGAAGUCACACAGGAGAGAAACCUUUUAAAUGUAACCAAUGUGAGAAGGCUUUUGCUUCUUCAUCCUAUCUUACUGCACAUUUGAGAACUCAUACCGGAGAAAAGCCCUUUGAGUGUACAGUAUGUGGUAAAGCAUUUACACGUUCCUCAUACCUUCGGAUUCACAUGCGAACUCACACUGGAGAGAGACCCUAUAACUGUAAGGAGUGUGGGAAAACCUUUGCUGUGCGCUCAUGCCUUAAUGCACAUUCACGAACUCAUACUGGGGAGAAGCCUUAUGAUUGUAAGGAAUGUGAGAAGGCAUUUACUAGCUUUUAUCAACUAACUGAACAUAUGAAAAUUCACACUGGUGAGAAACCCUUUGAAUGUCAGGUGUGUACAAAAUCAUUUAGGAAUUCCUCAUGCCUUAAGAAGCACUUCCAGAUUCACACUGGAAUAAAACCAUUUCAGUGUAAGGACUGUGGGAAAGCCUUCAGUGGACGGACUAGCUUUACCACACAUGUAUUGACUCACACUGGGGAGAAGCCAUAUAAGUGUAAGGAAUGUGGGAAAGCCUUCCGAACAUCCUCAGGCCUUAUUGAACACAUAAGAAGUCACACGGGAGAGAAACCCUUUGAAUGCUAUCAAUGUGGAAAGGCCUUUGCAUCUUCCUCAUAUCUAACUGCACAUUUGAGAACUCACACUGGAGAGAAGCCAUUUGAGUGUACAGUGUGUGGUAAAGCAUUUACACGUUCUUCUUACCUUUGCAGACACAUGAAAACUCACACUGGAAACUCUAUAUAUGUAAGGAUUGUGGGAACGCCUUCAGUGGGUGCUCAUGCCUUAACAGAUACAUAAAAACACACAAUGGGGAGAAGCCCUACCUAUAUUAGCAAUGUCAUCAGCUUUUCUUAACUCAACAUAUGAAAACUCAUACUCGUAGGAAGCCUUUUGAAGAUAAGACAUGUACAAAAUCUUUUAUAAAUUUGCAUGCCUUAAGAUGCACUUCUGAAUUCACACUGGAUUAAAAUCAUCAAAGUAAGGACUGUGGAAAAGUCAGCCUUUGGUGACCACACUGGCUUCACUGUACAUGUACCAACUCACAUUGGGGAAAAGUCAUAUGAAUGCAGAGGAUGUCAGAAUGACUUCACUCCUUCCUCACAUCUUUAAUAUCAAAGAUGUCACACAGGAGGGAACCCCUUGACUGACCAGUGCACACUUGAGAACUCACACGAGAGAAGCCCUUGAAUGUACAGGGUGUGGCAAAGAAUUUAGGCAUUUUACAACUUUUGUAGUCACAUGAAUGUGUGAGAACUGCCCAAUGUAUGUAAGAACUGUGGGAAAGCCUUUACUGAGUACUUAACCCUUAGUAAACACUUAAGAACACAUAUUGCAGAGAAACCCUAUGAUUAUUAGGAAUUGAGAAAACUUCCACUGUUCAUACUUUAGUGAAUAUAAACUGUAAAUGGAAAGAAUAUGAGAAAUACUUCACUUAUUCUGAUUAUAUGGAACAUAAAUAAUCACAGAGUGAAACUCAUGUGAAGAAUGAGAAAAGUCCAUUAAGACAUAUUUACAUUUUUGAGCUCAGCACAGGUAGUCAGUUGUCCUAGAAAUGGCUUAAGAGAUUCACCCACAUCAGUACAUUAAAACCAUCUGUAACUCUAGCUCUAGGGAGAGUUGAUGGUUCUGGACUCUGUGGACACUUGCACUUGCAAGUGCCUCACACACAGACAUACACAUAAUUAAAAAUAAAUCUUAAAAUUUGUAAGGAUCUUACACUCAAGAUGUUCUAUGAAUGUAAUGAACUUGGAAAAGUAAUUGGAGUCUAUUCACAAUCUGUCAAGAAGGAGACCAUACGGUGCAACAUAGAAACUUUCUUAUUUUCUCAGAGUUUGCUAAGUAUGUGAACAAUUGCAAUAGAGCAAAACACUAUUGAUAUAUGAUAUGUGUAGCAGUUAUAUGCCUGCUAAAUAAUUUAAUGUUCACUUGUGAUCUCAUAGUAAAGAAUAACUUAAAGAAAUACUAGACCUAAAAAAAUU